AUGGUGAACACUUGGACUCAGCCUCCCUCCAGCUCCGUGUCUCUGGGUGGAACCGUUACUCUCUCCUGUUCAACAACUCACAGUUCCUACAAUAUUGGCUGGUAUCAACAGAAAGCAGGAGAAGGCCCUCAUUUUGUCCACUGUGAAGUCUGCAGUAACAGGGGAGAAGGGAUCCCAGAUCGGUUCACCGCCACCAAAUCUGGGAAUACAGGAUCUUUGACCAUCACCAAUGCAGAGGCUGGAGACGAGGCAGUUUAUCACUGUGGUAACUGGAACGAAACUGUGAAAGGAACAGAUGAAAAAUUGGAGAAGGAAGAGAUCAUUUUCAGCUCUUUAGUACUGAAAGGGAGAAGGAUAAAUGGAAUGGUAGAAGGACACAGCAUGGAAAAGUGGUCCCUGGAGCAGAGGAAGAGAUGGUUUUCUAGGGACAUAAAACUGCGGAAUUUCUUCAGCCCAGGUGGGGAUAACACAGAUGUUACAAUAUCAGCGGCCAGGACUUUUUCUCAAGUUGUCCUGACUCAACCAGAAUCUGUGGCUGGAUCUCCUGGAGGGACAAUCCGAAUCACUUGUUCUAUAAGCAGUGGAACAAUUGGAACAUACGAUUCCUCCUGGUAUCAACAGAAGCCUGGAAAUGCCCCCAAACUCCUUAUAUAUUAUGAUAGCAGCAGACCCUCUGGAAUCCCAGAACGAUUCUCCGGUUCAGUUGAAAACUUGAGAACAUCUGCCGUGUUAACCAUCUCCAACCUUCAGGCAGAGGAUGAAGCUGAUUAUUAUUGCCUGUCUUAUAUAAGUGGUGGCAAGUACACAAUGAUACAAUCUCACUGA